AUGGGACAGCAUGUCAGCGUGACCAUUCCUCGGUGGAUCGAUGUUCAAGGUGUUAAAAAUUUCCGUGACAUUGGUGGUUGGCCAGUUAAAGAUGGAAGCGGAUAUAUCCGAGAAAGAGUCGUGUUCAGAUGCGGGCAUCUGGUGAAUGUGACGGAACAAGGAAUCAAUACAUUAAAACAACUCAAUGUCAUUGCUGCUUUUGAUUUUCGAUCCGAUCCUGAAAUUGAACGACAAGGUGUCAUGCCAGAUAUCCCCAAUUUGAUCCGAUACCCGUCUGCCAUGUUCACCAAAGCGGAUUACUCGCCGGCUGCGUUGGCCACUCGUUGGAAAGGCUAUUUUGAAGGGCCCUAUGGAUUUCCAAAAGUAUACAAUAUCAUUCUCGAAAAAGGCGGUCAACAGUAUCGAAAAGUGUUUUUGCAUAUGCUUGAACAUCAUUCCCGCCGUAGCACGAAAUCGCUUAUUGUCCAUUGCACGGCCGGAAAAGACCGCACGGGAAUCUUUGGCAUGCUGUUGCUAAGUCUGUGUGGUGUCGACGACGACAUUAUCGCGCAUGAAUACGCGUUGAGUAACCUCGGUUACUGGGAACCGGAGCAUGAGUUGGAGAAGAAAGCGCAAAUGCUGGGUGUAACCGUAGACGAUAUGAGAAUGGUCAUGUCGGCACCGUAA